AUGGUGUAUGACACUAUUUAUGCGCACCAGGACAAAAAAGAUGACCCCCUAACAGGUAUUCGUUCAACUGCCCUUCUUUUCGGAGAUAAUUCCCGACCUAUCUUGAGCGCGUUCGCAUUGUCGUCUGUCGGAUUGAUCGGACUUGCGGGACUUGAAGGCGGAAUGGGCUUGGGCUACUUUGCAGGCCUUGGGUUGGGAGCUAUUCAGCUAGCUCGGAUUCUUUACCGCGUUGACUUUGAUGAUCGGGCUGAUUGCUGGAAAGCAUUCGUACGUUGUGGAUGGUUUGGAUUCUGGAUGUGGGCCGGGACGACGGUUGAUUACAUUACAUUGUUACUUAGUUGA